AUGAAUAUCUUCAAGAAAAAGAUCAAAGAAUGGGCUUACUCCUUCAGUACAGAAGACCGCUAUGCAGAAUAUGAUCCUAACACUACGCCAUCCUUCAAUAUGGCUCAAAGAAACACCUCUGCCAUGGGCGCUACUCAUAAUAAUAAUGGUACGGGACACCCUCAUAUGACUAGUUCUCAUGAUGAUUUGUCUAAUGAUGAACUAAAUAUAGGUAUGGCCGAUCCAACAAUCAUCCCUCAUAAACCUGAAGGCUAUUACAAUGAUGAUGAUUUAAGCAUACAUAAUACUAAAGACGGUGUUGCUGAUGCCCUCUUAGCAUGGAGACACAUUGAUUCAUGGACUGACCAACAUAACCCAGAUUUGAGUGCAACAUUGAGUGAUCCAUGUACUUUAAAUGAUAUUGCCAACGUCGAAGAAGAUUUAGAAAUUUUUUUCCCUCCGUCCGUGAAAGCUUCCUUCAGAGUCCAUGAUGGUCAAGAAGAUUUAGAAUCAAUGACAGGGACCUCCGGUAUCAUUUACGGUAUGCCAUUAAUGACAUUGGAUCAAAUCGUCGCAAUGUCUCAAACUUGGAGAAAAGUCGCCAAAAAUAUGAAUAAAAUACAUCAUAGCAAUAAUCAAUCAAGAUCAAAUUUACCUUCUAAUAAUAACUCCACAAGUUCCUUCCAUCAACAACAACAACAACAACAGCAGCAGCAGCAAGCAAAGAAUCAAUUCAAAUUACCUUUCAUUCCAGAACAACAAUCAUUCCCACCAAACCAUAUUUUGACCGUGUAUGCUCAUCCCAAUUGGAUCCCAUUGCUAACCGAUAAUGCAGGAAAUCACGUAGGUGUUGAUUUGGCACCAGGUCCAAUGGGGAAAUAUGGUCAAAUUAUCAUUUUCGGUAGAGAAUGGGACACCAAAUAUGUUGUCGCUUCCAACUGGGGGGAAUUCUUACUAUCUUUCGCAAAUGAUUUGGAAGCUGGAAAUUGGUUAUUAGUCGAUGAUAAUGAUGAUUUCUUUGCCGGAGAUGGGGAAUUGGUCUACAGAGAUAAGAGUAUUAAUGGGGUACCUCAGGAUUAUUUGGAAGUUUUGAAAAAAAGAACUAUAAAGAAGUAUCAACAAGAACAACAGCGUGAGAACCAAUCACAACAACAACAACAGCAACAACAAAUGAAUGAAAAUAUUCAUAGUACUUAUAAUAAUAAUUUAAAAACUCCUUCGAUAAUAAAGGAAAAUUCUGUAUAUUCAACUAGAACUGUAACUGAUACUGAUGGUUCUAGUGAUAUGAAAAAUGAAGAUUACAGAGUGAAUGUUCUAUCGACACCAGUACCUGAUAAAGAAUUACCUGAAUUACCACAUGUUGAAAAGAAACAAGAAGAAGAAGAAGAAAUGGAACAAAAACCAGAGCAUAAAGAUGAGGUUCAUGAAGAUCUUUCUAGAAUAGAGGAUGAACUUGAUAAUGAUUUCGAAAAUGAUGAAGCUGAAUUGACCAAAGAUGAAGAAUUGAUCGGAGAAGAACCAAGCACAACAAACGAACAACAAGACAUCGUUGCUGAUGAACAAACGAAAGAAGACAACGAAGAAGAUAGAAAAGAACAACAAGAACAACACCAAGAAAAAGUUGAUGAGACAGUGGAUGAUUUGACGGAAAGUUUCGAAAAUGUUGCACUAUAA